AUGGGCAGCAGUAGUAGAGAGAAGGACAGAGAUCUGGAACGUUUGAUACCCAUAGGAAGCUUAGGAAUCUCCGACAACGUUAAUGGGCUUGCCUCCAAAUCCUCUUCCCCCUCCGAAUCUCCCCUCGCUUCCACUUCUUUAUCUCAUCAUGCCGGCAAAGAGGCAUUUAGCAAAGUCAUUCGUAGCUGGGCUUCUAAAAAGUUUAUGUCGGGAUGUGUCAUCUUGUUUCCAAUAGCCAUCACAUUCUAUAUCACUUGGUGGUUCAUUCAUUUUGUGGACGGGUUCUUCUCCCCCAUCUAUGCUCAUCUGGGGAUUAACGUAUUCGGUCUUGGAUUUGUUACCUCGAUAACUUUCAUAUUUUUGGUUGGAGUCUUCAUGUCAUCAUGGUUGGGUGCCUCUGUUCUCGGAUUGGGAGAAUGGUUUAUUAAGAAAAUGCCCAUCAUGAGCUACAUUUAUAGUGCUUCAAAGCAAAUCAGUGCUGCCAUUUCACCAGAUCAGAAUUCACAUGCGUUCAAGGAAGUAGCAAUCGUCAGGCACCCACGUAUCGGGGAGUAUGCACUUGGCUUCAUUACAUCAAGUGUCAUCCUCCGCAAGAGUUCAGGUUCAGAGGAGCUUUGCUGUGUUUAUAUACCCACCAACCACCUUUAUCUAGGAGAUAUAUUCCUCAUCAACUCGAAAGAUAUAAUGAGACCGAAUCUCUCUGUUCGAGAGGGGAUAGAGAUAGUCAUAUCUGGAGGCAUGUCAAUACCCAAGAUAUUGACCAUAGUGGAUGUGCAAUCCAUUCUAUCACCAAGAGUUGGAAAAUUUGCAGUUCCACAAGUUUAAUGGUCAUUUACAAAUCUUAGAACUGGUACUUUUC